UAAUGUCCAGUGAAGCGAUCUCUUUGAAGUUCCUCGAUGUGGUUACAAUUCUUCUCAAAUAUUGCGGCAAUAAAUGCACGGCAGCUAAGAAUAGUGAAACUCAGGCAGUUAUAAUUGAUUUGAUUGCAACCAUCGGUUUCUUCUGCGCCAAUAAUAAACAAAAUCAGGAUCUUUUAACCUCUGAACAGUGUUCCAUUAUCAUUAAGAAUUUAACAAAACUACCUGAACAUUUGAAUGUGGUGGUCUAUCCAUGUCUAGUAACUAUAACGUUCCAAAAUCAGGAAGCCCGUAAUGUGAUAUCACGUGAUUUUAAUCUAGAUUUCCUGGAUGAAUACAGUAAAUCGGAAAAAGCUAAAAAGAAUCAUCUGGUAGCUCUGCUCAAAGAUAAGACGUAAUUAAAUUGAUGUCAUCGUGUCCGUUUCUCUCUGUUACUGGUUGUCUUCU